AGCAGGAAGCUGGCAGCCACCCGGGCAGGGGCGCCGUGGCCUGCAGGAGGCGGGCACGGAGGGCAUGGACUUGGAGGCAGACCGACCAUACGUCCCUCAGGGGACUCUGGAGACAGACUUCCCGACCCCGUUGUACAGGGACGAGUACCUCACGCUCCACGGGCCCCGCAAUGCCCCCGUCCUGAAGCAGGCCGUGCGCUGGAAGUGCACCCCCAUGGGCCAAGACGCCAUCCCCCAGACCUGGUACACGGGGCUGACCAACAGAGACAACCGAGACGCCUGGUACACGCUCACCAGCGGCCUGAGCCGCGAGGCCUACCACCGCUGGGCCCGCUCCCAUGCCGAGAGAGAGCGGAAGACCUUGCCCCCUGCCUAUGCCCAGCACCUGCGGGAGGUGUCGUGGUUUGACCCCGUGGUCCCUGCUCAGUACCUGGAGCCCAGUACCAGGUGGGGGGCCUUCCGGUGGCAAGACAGACCCGUCCUAGGAAAGGAGCAUGUUGUCAACCGUAACCGUGCCAGCAGUGAGCUGAAGGGCCACGCUGGCUACAUCCCCUACCUGGCUGCCCACACGCCCGCCUUCACCACCAGGGACCUGCGCACCUGGACGCUCUUCAGCCACCAGCCAUCCACCAACCAGUAAACACUGCUGUGCCCCAGGCUGCCUCCGUGGGGGCUGGGAGGUUCAGGGGCUGCAAGCUGAGUCACCCCCGUGGCCCGAGUUGUUGGGCUGCCAGGGGCCCCCCUGCAAUGAGCCUGGCUCUGGGCUUGUGGCUAGCAGCCCUGGGUACUCGCACCAGGCCUGCAUCUGUGCAGGUUGAGCUGGCAGCAGGCCCUUCCCACCCAUGCACCUGCCUCAGCCGCCGUGCCACCCCCAACGGGCUCCCCUGGGCGCACAGCCUGGCCUCAUGAGAAACUCCCAUUUGCCUUCCCAGCUCUGCCCAACGGCUGAGCCCUGGGGCCAGAGUGAGGGGCAACCAGAGGAGUUAACAGCCCCCCCGGCCCCUCCAUUUGUUUCUGCCACGGCAAGGCACUGGCGCUGCAUGUAGACCCCGUUCCCCGGCCUCCCUUCCCCUGGCAGCAGGUGCCAAGGGCACAACCUGCUCUGGGCUCCUCCCACACUGGCCUGGGGCCUUGUAGGGGACAUGGCUGAUGCUGGGGGCAGGGGUUCCGGCCCCCCAGGGUUCGCUUGCUCUGUUCUUCCACGGCACCACUGCUGCUCUGAGCUGGCCAUGCCCAGGGCAGGGCUCACCCACCAUCUUGCCACUGCGUUGUUCCCGCUGCAGGCAGCCCCUGGGGCUGGCAGCUGUUCUGCCCUAGCAGCUUCCUGAGACCAUCUCCAGGCCCCAGGACUCUCCUGCCCAGGCAGCUGGGUUUAUCUGCCUCUCCCCCAUCUCUCCAGGACCCACUCCCCCACCUGCACCCCCACAGACUCAUAGAAUACAAGGUUGGAAGGGACCCCAGGAGGUCACCUAGUCCCACCCCCUGCUCAAAGCAGGACCAAGUCCCAGACAGAUUUUUUACCCCAGAUCCCUAAAGUGGCCUCCUCAAGGAUUGAACUCACAACUCUGGGUUUAGCAGGCCAAUGCUCAAACCACUGAGCUAUCCCUCCCCCAAGUGCCCCCCUCCCUGGCUCUGAUGGGUCCAGGCUGGAGGGUCCUGCUGCAUAGCAGGGGGAUAGCAGGGACUCAAGUGGCCCCCUCCUCCCCCACCCAGUGGGAUCCCUCUGUCCCGGGCGCCCAGCCCUCCUUGCAGGCCUAGAGCUUUGCCGCAGACUCAGGAGCCGGAGCCGGAGCGCAUGGCUGGCUUGUCUUUAUUGAUAACAGAGCCCAGCCCUUUACUCGCCCUCCUCUCACGGCCCCGGGGGGUGAUGACACAGGCGAGCAUCUGGCAUUGCCCAGCCUGGGGCACGGCCCUGCGGUGCUGCC